CCUUGCUUUACUUAGAAACAGGUGAACAGUUUUGGAACACUGAGCCAUUGACUGCACCAGGUGGCUGUGUUACGAGUUGGUUGCUUUUGACAAUAAGGCACCAGACUACAGCCAUAUAGUUUUGAACCUAGAAGAAGAUUAAGAGAUGGGAGUAGGCAAGAAAGAGUCGACCGGGUUUGGCGAGAGGAAUGUCCUGUUGGCCAGAAAAGCAUGGUUUGUCAUCUGAUUUCUUGGAGCCUGGUGGAGAUAGAUGCAACCAUACUACAAGACAGGACAUUUCUUUGCAUCCAGGUUGAGGCUUGCUACCAGCAGGGACAUGGAGCACUCUGUGUUAGUGAAAAGGACUCUCCGUGCAGCCAAGGAGACCAAAGAGAGCUCCCUACUGAAGCAGCACAGACAGGUGUGGAGCAGAGAGAACAGCAGAUGAGUCAAUGCAGGUGAAAAGGCUGAAGCUGAGCUACAAGGAUUUCUGGGACCAAAUGGUCUGGCCAGUAGAACAGAUAUGGGCAUCCUCUCUGAGCUACUGGACCACAGUACAGUACCCCUCUCAGUCCUGAGUGUAUAGAUACUGUUUCAGUCCCUAUAGAGUGAGACAAUACCAUGCUGACCAUGCUGUGUGUGUGUUUGUGUGGGCAUACAUGACGUGUGUGUCUGUACACAAACGCAUGUUUAUGUGCGCUGUUUCUGGAGAGUGAGCGGGAAUGGUUCAGGUGUGCAACUGUGGAGCCCAUCUGGCAGCUGAGGGAGGACUUGCAGUACAGACUGAGUGAAGUCCAACACCAGCAGCACCACCAGCCUCCUCAGCUGGCAGACUGAGAGCAGGUACCAAACUAAUAGACCGUACUCUGCAGAUCCUACCAAAAGUCCUCUGGUUGCCCACAGUGCAACAUUCAUUCCCCAUGAAUCUGGUGUUUGUUAGAACUCCACGCUACGAGUGUCCCACCAAAACUGCCAGCUGUCUGGCUGAGGUAGACCAGGUUCCAGAGGAGGUUUUGUAAUCAGAGUGCUCCUACCCUGAACUGACAGCGUCCUUAAUCCAGAGUUCCAAUCCCUGUCUGAGAUGUACCAGUUCAGACUGCAGAGUGCUCAGGACCGCCUACAAAGACUGGAUAGGUUCUGUGGCUGGUCGGCAGAUGACCAUCUGCGCUUCCAGAUGACUGUGAGCCAGUACCCUGAUGACCUGCACAACCACAGAGCCAUACGGAACACGAGCGGAGCUUGGACUGGCAUCGCUUUACCCCGACCCAGCUGAGUGUGGUGGCCCAGAGCUGGCAGCGGGAACGAGCUGACCUGCUGCUCAAAGCCCUGGUGACCCUGGAGGCGGCCAGGCAGGCCCUCCACACAGACUGCCAGCACCAGCAGGACAUCUUCUCCCGCUUCAGAGACAGGGUAGAGGUGAAGCUGUAUUACGCGGAGAAACAGAGGAGGAGAGAGGAGCUGGAGAGUAGAGGUCAGCAGAGACUGACAGAGCUGAGGAGACUCAUGGCAGAGCAAGCUAAGAGUGAUAAGGAGAGGGUUCAGUUUUGCGAGGAGAUGCUGCUGCAGCGCAGGGAGUAGAGGGAGGUGCGGGAAGAGGAGAGACAGUCGUCUGGAGGCCCUGAGAAAUUAGGUCUACAAUGUUAGAUGGCGACAUGUUUUUCCUGGUCUUCAUACUUCUGGUUUUACCCUCUUCCAGUGUGAAAGUUAAGGGGAGCGUGAGCGACUACGAGUGUGUGUGCGGUGGGCCGUCAUGCGACAGAGGAGACCGGUGCUUUGGCCAGCAGUGCUUCUCGGCCCUCUCCGUCCAGAACGCCAUGUCCGUCCAGCAGAAGGGAUGCAUUGUGGGGCGGGGCGAGGAGUCCAUAAAUUGCGAAAGCCCCCCAUCCCAUAAUCUGACGGUGGAGUGCUGCCAUGGCGACCUUUGUAACAUGAAUGUCACAAUGGCAACACCAGCGAGAGAUGAGGAAGUGAUGCCUGUCUUGCAAGACAAUGAGUGUGUGUGUGAGGGGCGGUCGUGUGAGGGCUUAGAGCGCUGUAUGGGCCAGCAGUGUUUCUCCUCUGUGAAGAUCAGUGACGGGUUUGUGGUUCCCCAGAAGGGCUGCCUUCAGGAUGACGACCAGGGGAGAGCCACCUGCGCCACCCCUCCCUCUCCCAGCCACAUAGUCAAGUGUUGCCACGGGCACCUGUGUAACCUGAACAUCACUGUGGAAGCACCAGUGAAAGAGGAUAAAGUGAAGUCUGCCGCCGAGCACGAGUGUGUGUGCGAGGGGCGCUCGUGUGUCACUGGGCCGCGCUGUAUGGGCCAGCACUGCUUCUCCAGUCUGACGGUCAGCGACGGAGACCUGGCCUACCAGAAGGGCUGCUUCAAGGUGUACGAGCAGAGCAGGAUGACCUGCAAGACGCCGCCCUCCCGCGACCAGAUCGUUGAGUGCUGCCAGGGCCACCUGUGUAACAUGAACAUCACUGUGGCGCUGCCUGUCAUAGCAGGCGACCUUCCCAACUACAGCUUGACUACACUGGCCAUUGUCAUCGUGGCUCCGGUCAUCGUGCUCAUCAUCCUCUCAGGCAUCGCCAUCCUGGUGUUCAGACGGAUCCACCAGAACCAGAUGGAGAGGCUGACGGCCCGGGAGGCUGAGUACGGCACAAUAGACGGACUCAUAGCCUCCAACGUGGGGGAGAGCACUCUGGCGGAUUUGCUGGAUCACUCGUGCACGUCGGGAAGUGGCUCCGGACUCCCCUUCCUAGUUCAGAGAACCGUCGCCCGACAAAUCACACUCAACGAGUGUGUGGGUAAGGGGCGCUAUGGUGAGGUUUGGCGAGGCCAGUGGCAGGGGGAGAGUGUGGCUGUGAAGAUCUUCUCCUCCAGAGAUGAGAAGUCCUGGUUCAGAGAGACUGAGAUCUACAACACAGUGCUGCUGAGGCAUGAGAACAUCCUGGGCUUCAUCGCUUCGGACAUGACUUCUCGAAACUCGAGUACACAGCUGUGGCUGAUCACCCACUUCCACGAGAUGGGCUCGCUUUACGACUACCUGCAGCUGAGCACCCUAGACACAGCCAGCUGUCUGCGCAUGGCUUUGUCCAUCGCCAGCGGCCUGGCACACCUCCACGUGGAGAUCUUCGGCACCCAGGGCAAGCCGGCCAUCGCCCACCGAGACCUCAAAAGCAAAAACAUACUCGUCAACAAGAACGGCCAGUGCUGCAUCGCCGACCUGGGUCUUGCAGUGAUGCAUUUCCAAGACACAAAUGAGUUAGACGUGGGCAACAACCCUAAAGUAGGCACGAAGCGCUACAUGGCUCCAGAGGUCCUGGACGACUCCAUCCAGAUGGACUGCUUUGAGUCCUUCAAGAGAGUGGACAUCUGGGCCUUUGGCCUGGUCCUGUGGGAGAUUGCAAGGAGCACGGUCAGCAACGGCAUUGUAGAGGACUACAAGCCUCCCUUCCAUGACGUGGUGCCCAGCGACCCCAGCUUUGAAGACAUGAAGAAGGUGGUGUGUGUGGACCAGCAGAGACCCAACAUCCCCAACCGAUGGUUCUCAGACCCAACUUUAACGUCCAUCGCAAAACUUAUGAAGGAGUGCUGGUACCAGAAUCCAUCUGCCAGAUUAACGGCACUACGCAUCAAAAAGACACUGACAAAAAUCGACAACUCUCUGGACAAAAUUAAAAUGGACUGUUGAGCUUCUUCCUCAUUGGUGCGAAGGGAGAGGAGACCUAAAGGCCUUUAAAGACGUCCAGCAGGCAGUUCGGUUCCCCUGGACAACACACAGGAGAAAAAAGGACUGGUUGGGCUCAGUGCUCUUAAAGUGGCACAUUGUAUUUAUUUUUAAACCCUUGGUGGGACACAUUUUGGCAUCCAAAGAUGGCUUAGAGGGCAUUUAAAAGACUGCCAAUAGUCUUGGAUAUUAGGUGACUAUCCCUUUUAAGACAUAGGAAUAUUGAACUAAUAGUCACGUUCUUCAAGGAAGAAACUGUUACCUGGGCAUUUGAGUACUGUAUAUCGCUUUAGAGCUGCCGAUUUUCUUUGACACGACUUAAGUUUGAGAAACGUCUGAACAUAUUUAAUUUAGCAAUAUUGGCUGUGCUUUAUUGCUGUUAUUGCACUAGCAAUCUUUGCAUUCUUGGCUUGCACUGUUGCAUUUGGAAAAAAACAACUUGCCAAAAAUGUUUUGGUUUAUAGUCCAUACAAACUCCCUAUCUUAACAGUAAUCAGAAUGAGGAGAAAAUAGUUAAGUUUUACUUUGACUGCAUCUCUCUUGCACUGCUGUUUACAAUACUGUUAGAACAAUUCUUUUGGUAUUUCAUCCAACCUGUAACUAAUUUAGCUAACACACUGUGUUGUAGAAUUGUGCUGCAGACAGUUAUAGCCACUCUUUACUUCUUCCUUCUGAGAUGUCAUCUAACAUAUCCUGUCGCAGAAACUUUUUAUAUCACCAUACAUUUCACAUUAUGUACCUGUUCUUUGUUUGGUUGUUUCAUCAGCUUUAUUGAGACAAAUCCUAAAAGAGCAAAUAAAAGAUUUACUAGAUGACGCUGAACUCAAUUCAUACAGAAGCAGAACGUAUGCCUGUAAAGUAAUUGUCUUAAUUUGUGCAUUGUCAAAGUAAUUGAAGUCAGACUUCAGCCCUUUUUUAUUUUUUACAUUUUAUAUCAAAGUAGUGAUUUCUAUUAAUUAAAUAGAGAAAACAUGUAGAUGCCAUCUGUCUCAUCUGUCACAGUUACAACAUGCCAUGAUAGGGUUGCAAAAUUCUGGUAACCUUCCCAAAAUCCCCAGGUUUUCCAGAAAUGACAGUUGGAAGAUUCACAGACUUUAGGUGGGAAUAAACAGUAAAUCUGGAAUACUUUCCAGGUUUUCCAUGCAAUCCUGGUUGAAGUUUGUGAACGUUACCACAGUUUUGCAACUAUGUCAGGAUAAGUAAUAUGCUCGUGGUGAGUACUAGCAGUGGUUGUUAUGCAAAUCCAGAGCGUAUUUUAAUUUCAUCAGCUCUGCAUAUUUUCCUUUGUCCCCCCGGGCUAGACAGUUCUCUUGCCUUGGCAUAGCGCAGCCCCUAAAGUCUUACUGACCUGCAGCUGUUCACUGCACAAAGGAACUUUUCUUGUGUCCAGUUUGUCGACUACUAAACAAAUAAUGAAAUGCAGCAAAGUAUGUAGGGCAUGUUAAUCCAUUUCCAUAUUAAACACUGCUCAAUCUCAGCUGUAAAAUGCAACAAAUACAUUUUCAUUUGGGAAAUGUCAGAGGGUUUGCUAGGCCCUAAUGACUAAAUUGAGCUGCUUAAAAAUUGUGGAGCACCUGCCCGAACAGAAACAAAAGGCAGGUCUAGAAUGGUACAGUAAAUGGUGUCACCUGCACUCAUUUGUAUUCCUGAAUCAGCAUGGGGCCGGUAAAGGGCAAAGCAAUGGAUGUCAGUUGUCUGCCAGGACUGACUGGCACCCAAAAUGAGCAUCUCCAAAUUUAGAAUAUUUUCUAGACAACAUCCUAGGAAAUAUGAGUCUGUCCCAAAUGGCACCCUAUUCCCUAUAUAGUGUACUACUUUUGACCAAGGCCAAUACCAAUCUGGUCAAAAGUAGUGCACUUUGAGACUGAUCCACGGUCAAUAUUAACUGCCAUUUUAUCGGUCUCCUGACUUACUGUGAACUGAUCCACAAUGACCAGAUGUAGUUUUUAACAAGGUCUAAUUUCGCUGCUUUGUGUAUCAGGCCUGUUGUUCACUCACUUUGCUUCCCAUUUACAUGCAAAUUAUAGAAAAUGGCUUUUUAGACUAAUUCCCACUACAGGACUGCUAAACGACAGCAAUGCAUAUUAUUUGUGUACUUGUUUUCCCUCAGCUUUUAGGUUUGGUAGCUUUUCAAUUAAAACAUUGAAGCAAA